GUCUCUUGAAACUCCUCACAGGCUUUACACAAGUCUUCGAUUAGCUAUGGCGGUUUCUGGGUCUUUCAUUGUACCAAAACAAUCGUUCUGUCCAAGGAUUAAAUAUCCAGGACCAAGUUAUAGUACAAGAAAACUGUUUUAUUUGAGAGCUUCCCAUGGUAGCUCAUCAUCAGACGGUGGUGUGGAAAAGAAGUUGAUCAGAAAAGAAAAGGACGGAUGGAAGAUCGAUUAUUCCGGGGAAAAACCGGCGACACCAUUGCUUGAUUCUAUCAACUACCCCGUUCACAUGAAGAAUCUAUCCACACAGGAUCUUGAACAACUAGCAGCAGAGCUUAGAGCCGAUAUAGUACACACAGUAUCAAAGAUAGGUGGGCAUCUCAGUUCCAGCUUAGGAGUUGUGGAGCUAACAGUUGCACUGCAUCAUGUGUUCAACACACCUGAAGACAAGAUCAUAUGGGAUGUUGGCCAUCAGGCAUACCCCCAUAAGAUUCUCACAGGAAGGAGGUCUUUAAUGCACACAAUUAGAAAAACUUCCGGCCUUGCAGGAUUUCCGAAAAGAGAGGAGAGCAUUCAUGAUGCUUUUGGUGCAGGUCACAGUUCUACUAGCAUAUCUGCAGGCCUUGGCAUGGCGGUUGCCCGAGAUCUACUGCAGAAGAAGAACCAUGUCAUUUCUGUGAUUGGAGAUGGAGCCAUGACUGCAGGUAUGGCGUACGAAGCCAUGAACAAUGCAGGGUUCUUGGACACCAACAUGAUUAUCGUGUUGAAUGACAACAAGCAAGUCUCUUUACCGACUGCCACUCUUGAUGGGCCUGCAAGUCCAGUAGGGGCCCUCAGCAGUGCUCUGUCCAAGAUUCAAGCAAGCACCGAAUUCCGAAAACUUCGAGAAGCUGCAAAAACAAUCACAAAGCAAAUCGGAGGGCAAGCACAUGAAGUUGCAGCAAAAGUAGAUGAGUACGCUAGGGGAAUGAUCAGUGCUUCUGGGUCUACACUCUUUGAGGAGCUUGGAAUCUAUUAUAUUGGUCCAGUGGAUGGACAUAAUGUUGAAGAUCUAGUUACCAUUUUCGAGAGAGUGAAGGCAACGCCUGCACCAGGACCGGUUCUGAUCCACAUAGUGACAGAGAAAGGAAAGGGCUAUCCCCCGGCUGAGGCAGCACCUGAUAAAAUGCAUGGGGUUGUCAAGUUUGAGCCAAGAACGGGCAAGCAAUUUAAGCCUAAAGCCGCCACCCUUUCAUAUACUCAGUACUUUGCCGAGGCCCUAAUAAAAGAAGCUGAAGUAGAUGAAAGGAUCGUGGGCAUCCAUGCGGCAAUGGGUGGUGGAACCGGUCUCAACUAUUUCCAAAAGAGAUUUCCAGAGCGCUGCUUUGAUGUAGGAAUUGCUGAGCAGCACGCUGUCACCUUUGCAGCUGGAUUAGCUGCAGAGGGUCUCAAACCAUUCUGUGCCAUCUACUCAUCAUUCCUGCAAAGAGGAUAUGACCAGGUGGCACAUGAUGUCGAUCUUCAAAAGCUACCUGUCCGCUUUGCUUUGGAUCGGGCUGGUUUAGUUGGUGCAGAUGGGCCCACACACUGCGGAGCAUUCGAUGUCACCUACAUGGCCUGCUUGCCCAACAUGAUUGUCAUGGCUCCAUCUGAUGAGGCUGAACUCAUGCACAUGGUGGCCACAGCAGCAGCCAUAGAUGACAGACCCAGCUGCUUCCGGUUUCCAAGGGGUAACGGCAUCGGAGCAGUUCUUCCACCUAAUAACAAAGGGACUGUACUUGAGAUUGGAAAGGGCAGAAUACUAACGGAAGGAAGCGGAGUUGCUAUUUUGGGCUAUGGCGCAAUAGUUCAACAAUGUAUGGAAGCUGCAAAUUUGCUGAAAACAAGGGACAUUGCAAUAACAGUAGCCGAUGCGAGAUUUUGCAAACCUUUGGAUGCAGAUCUCAUCAGGCAAUUAGUCAAGGAGCAUGAGAUCCUUAUUACUGUGGAAGAGGGAGCAAUUGGAGGAUUUGGGUCUCAUGUGUCACACUUCCUAAGCUUAAGUGGACUUCUGGAUGGGCCCCUCAAGUUGAGAUCAAUGGUUCUUCCUGAUAGAUACAUUGACCAUGGAGCACCCCAAGAUCAGAUUGAAGAAGCCGGGCUCUCCUCAAAGCAUAUCUCUGCAACAGUCUUAUCUCUAUUGGGAAAGCCCAAGGAAGCACUUUCUUUCAUGUGAGCACACAAAUGGAAUUUCUUGGCUCCUGAGCUGUAACAGCAUCUACAAUUUUUAGCUUUCCGGUGAGAGAAAGACGUUCUCAUAAUCCAACUUAGAGAAGCUAACUUUAGAUGCUUGUACACUCUAGGAUUCAAGACUUCAUAAACUCAUAUCUCAGUAUUUGACAUUAAAAAAAAAAAAAAAAAA